GCGCUGCUCCUUAUGAAAUAACAGAUUUGAUCUUCAGAGAGGAGGUAGGGCAUGUCUUGAGGAAAUGGUUGUGUUAUAGCUUGGUUAAAAAAGGGACACUGAAAUGUUCUUACCUAAGUGACAUGAGGUCAGUAUUUUAUAGAUUGGAUUGUUCUUUACAAACACUUCAAAUGCUUGCUGGAGACACAGGAUCCUAACCUCUCGCCACCGGUUAAUAAUACAAACUGGACUGGUUGCUUAAAGCGAUACAUGGCUCCUUGGUGUCUAAAAGUCACAUAAGGUGGAUGCCUGAAAUCAUGAGUGUCCUGGGACCUCAGACGAGGCAAGCCAAUGGAGUGGCCAGAUCGGACAGCAAGAUCAGUGCCAAGGCCCUCUACGAACAGAGGAAAAAAUACUCCAACUCAAAUUUUAUCAUGCAUGAGACGUCGCAGUAUCACGUCGAGCAUCUCUCCACGUUCAUUAUGGACAAGACAGAGUCCAUUGUCACAGUGGACGAUGCCAUUAAGAAACUGGUUCUUCUGGAUUCAAAGGAUAAAAUAUGGACACAGGAGAUGCUCCUCCAGGUCACUGACAAUGCGGUCAGACUGCUGGACUGCGACACACAGGAAGAGUUGGAGAACUUUCCUCUCCCCACCAUCCACAUGUGUCAGACGGUGCUGAAUCAGACACGCUACACCUCUGUGCUGCUGCUCGUGUGUCAGGACAAGGAGCAGCACAAACCCGACAUCCACUUCUUCCACUGUGACGAGGUGGAGGCUGAGAUGGUUCACGCAGAUGUAGACAGUGCCAUUGGAGACAACAAGCAUGGAAAGAAAAUGAGGCUUCAGACUCUGAAGGUGAACCAGGAGAAAAUGAAGCGUCACAGAGAAACCAUCCUCCCGCCCUCGGCGCCCAAGGGCCCCUCACCUUCUCCGAAGGGACGAGUGGCGGCCACAAGCACACAGGGUGAGUGUGCUCACAAGAAUACGCUCUUUACAUGCACCGUUCAUCAAAAUGAUGUUCUGUCAGUGGCGGCGUUCCUAUGUUUUGUUUUUGUGUGUGUGUGUGUGGAUGUAGCUAGACAAGCCCCUGGACAAAAUGACACGGAGUCGCAUGAAAAGCUGGCCCAGCGCAUUGAGAAAGAUGUGCAAAUCCUCAACUGUGCCCUGGACGACAUAGAAAUCUUUGUGGCGCAGCUGCAAAAGGCAGCAGAGGCCUUUUCCCAGCUCAACCACCGCAACAAGAGUAAGAAGAAUAAGAAGAGAGGACCAGCAGAGGGCAUGCUGACGCUACGAGCCAAGCCCCCCUCUGAAGCAGAGUUCAUUGAUAGCCUGCAGAAACUGAAGCUGGCCUUGAACCUCUUGGCCAAACUGAAGAAACACAUACAGAAUCCAAGUGCGUCUGAGCUGGUUCAUUUCCUCUUCGGCCCUCUGGAGCUGGUGCUGCAGAGCUGUGGGAGUCCUGAACUGCCGCGUUCGGUCAUCUCUCCUCACCUUUCCAAAGAUGCUGUUGAAUUCCUGCGGGGACACCUCAGCCCCAAAGAGUUGACCAUCUUUGAGCUGCUGGGGGAAGGAUGGACCAAACCCAGAGCAGAAUGGUCCAGGGAUCAGUGUGCUCCUCCUUAUUACCCGAAGUUUCGUAACGGCUGGGAGCCGCCGAUGGAGCUCUUCAGGACAGCCCCAUGGGAAACAGAGGGACCCACAGGGCUGGGGUCCCCCAGCAGCCCUGAUUAUAGGAAACACUCAGCCGAGGAUUUUUAUGGAACUCAUUCCUCAAGCUCAUCAAACGGGUCUUAUAACGGGAAGACCCACACCCGAAAAUAUGCCAAAAUUCGCUACCACUUUGUAGCGCGGAAUGCCAACGAGCUGUCAGUGCUGCAGGAUGAAAUCCUCGAGGUGAUAGAGGAUGACAAACAGUGGUGGAAACUACGGAAUCGAAGUGGCCAGGCCGGCUACGUCCCAUUUAACAUCCUGGACGUGGUGAAGAUAGAGGAGCCAGAGGGCAACUACAGUCAGCAAGGCUACAGGACGUCACCUCCUGGUUCUGUGAGCCAUGGAGACAGUUUCAACAUGGGUAUACAAAAAGACAAAAUGAUGGAUGAUGUCACCUCUGAGUUAUUGAUGAUGAUCACUGCUAACAAAAGCCAGCCACCCGCCAGGAAGUUCCGUGUGGAGCGAUCAUCUGGCAGCCAAGUACCGCUCGCCUUUGACUCAAACCCAGAGCAGGUGACUGCAUGGCUCAGCGCAAAAGGUUUCUCAAAACCGACGGUUGAAUGUUUGGGGAUCCUGACGGGAGCCCAGCUGUUUUCCCUCAACAAAGAAGAACUGAAGGCGGUGUGUGGAGACGAAGGCAGUCGUGUCUACUGUCAAGUGACUGUACAGAAAACACAGCUAGAGCAAACCAAUGGAGACUCAGAGCUGCAGGAGAUCAUGAGGCGGAGGCAGGAGAGAAUCGACUCAGGCAGCAAAGACUGAAGCUGCCGACCAGCACGACCCAUCCAGGCGCUUCUUCUCCUGCUUAAAUCAAUCUACCGUUAAUCAUGACCCACAGUAGAACAUGCGUUAUAUGUUGUAUACAUUUUAAUUGUUGUAUAUUUAUUUUGUAUCAUGCAAUGUGUAUGUAUCCAAGUGUUUUCUCAUCUAAUUCUUUUGCUUUUGUCUUCAUUGUCUCAUUAGACUUUUGUCAUGAAGAGAUGUUUGUGUACGAAAAGAGGAACAUAUAUAAUGAUGUACAGUUUGGUUUGUGCGGGUGUGUAUGUGAGUGUGUGCGAGCAUGUAUAUGCACAACGUGUAUGUAACAUACAUAUUUGUAUGAGCAGUGUAGUCGAUGUGUAUGCUCAUUGUCAUUAAUGCAGCUGUUUACUUAAUGACCUGGUAAAUAAGUAGAUCUUAGCUGUUGCUGUAUCUAAAUCUGUGCCAGAAUGUGUGACACGUCUUCUGAUAUAUAGCCAAUUAUUUUCACAUCACUGUUUACAGCUAUAGAAAAUAAUAAACCGUGCUCUGUGAUAGUCCUCUGAGCAGAUAUCAGAAAUACAGCACUCAUCCUGGUUGGUAACUGGAAAUCAGCAGUAGGUCUUAAUCUAAAUAAUCUUGCUGUUUAUAAUCAGAAUUCAGACAUUCACCAAACAGAAAGUCACAAUUAUCAUUGUCGAUAAUAGUGAAAUGCUGUCAUUAAUAUGGUUUUUUGCAGCAUAAACUGCACUGACACAGGAAAAUUAAGUAGUACAUACAGGAGAGUACAUUGCUCUGCUAUGAAUAAUUAAAUGAAGACUUAAACGAAACGAUGUAGGGGGUUUGUAAAUACUUUGGGACGCAAGAAGAUAAUCAAAAAUAAACUUGGUAAAUAUUUG